UUUGCUGGAAUCGCGCAGGACCGAGGGCGCACCGGUCGAUUUCAUAUCAAGUUUGGUUAAAGCAGGGGUGAACAUCCCACACUCGGCGCCCUCUGAAGCUCCCCGUAAUGCUUUCAUGAGAUAACGCCGCACAGAGACGCGCGCAGAGCCCCGUGCAGUGCAGGAGUACAGCAGCGGCAGCCUCGUUUCGCACACCGGCUCUACGAGUACAGUCCGUGCAUGUCAACUUAAAAACAGAGAAAAAAAAAUCGCCUGCAGAAAAUCUGUCUUUCUCUGCGGUGAAGACAAUCUCUGGAUUUGCAGAAAUUCAUGGAUGUUAUUGGAUAAUUACUUUUGGUUUUUACGCGGAUCCACAGAGUCUCGCAUAGCGCACAGCGGAUCCAGGAAUGGCGCGAUAAAGUGAUCUGAGGAAUCGCUCCAAGUACAGUCACUUUCUGUGUAGCCGUCUCGUCAUGUAUUCCCCGAUUUGUCUAACUCAGGAUGAGUUUCAUCCCUUCAUCGAGGCACUUCUUCCUCACGUCCGCGCCAUCGCCUACACGUGGUUCAACCUCCAGGCCAGAAAACGCAAGUACUUCAAGAAGCACGAGAAGCGGAUGUCCAAGGACGAGGAGCGCGCGGUGAAGGAUGAGCUUCUGAGCGAGAAGCCCGAGGUUAAGCAGAAAUGGGCAUCCAGGCUGCUAGCCAAGCUGCGUAAGGACAUUCGGCAGGAGUACCGGGAGGACUUUGUCCUCAGCGUGACGGGCAAGAAGCCCCCUUGCUGCGUGCUAUCCAACCCGGACCAAAAGGGCAAGAUACGACGAAUCGACUGUUUGCGGCAGGCCGACAAAGUAUGGCGUCUGGACCUGGUGAUGGUCAUCCUCUUCAAAGGCAUCCCUCUGGAAAGUACAGAUGGCGAGCGCCUCGUCAAGUCUCCACAUUGCACCAACCCAGCACUUUGUGUCCAGCCACACCACAUAACAGUAUCAGUCAAGGAGCUGGACUUGUUUCUAGCAUACUAUGUCCAGGACCAAGACUCUCAGCAGUCAGGAAGUCCAAGUAACAAUGAGCCAGGCAAGAACCCUCUUCCAGUGUAUUUGGAAGACAGUUUCAUCAAAUCAGGAGUCUUCAGUGUUGCAGAACUAGUGCGAGUGUCCAGAAUGCCCAUUACCCACGGUGCAACGGUAAACUUCUCUAUGGCGGACAUGCCCAGCCAACCCUACUAUCAUGACCUGAACUCCAGCGUGGGGCUGCAUCGCCCCCUGUCCUCCCCUCCUGGCAGCAAAAGGCCCAAAACCGUCAACAUGGAGGAGAACAUGGACACCAGCCCGACGGGACCCGACUUCUACUCAUCACCCAGCCCGCCAAACAGUCAGGCAAACUGGCGCGACAGAGACGGAGCAGAGAUGUCCUCUCCUACGAUGAAGAAGCCAGAGAAGCCGCUGUUCAGCCCGACCUCUCCGCAGGACUCCUCACCUCGACUCAGCACUUUCCCUCAGCCUCAUCACCCAGGCCUAACAAGUGUAGGACACAGUGUUAUAUCGGCGAGGAGCCCCCCUCCACACUCGCCGCUGCAGUUCUCGGCCUCGGCUAUCUUGCCCCCGACGCCGUCGUCCUACUUCUCGCACCCCACCAUCCGCUACCCGCCUCAUCUCAACCCUGCUGAUUCCCUCAAGAGCUACGUGCCGUCAUAUGACCCGUCCAGCCCGCAGAGCAGCCAGCCUAACAGCAGUGGUCAGGUUGUUGGAAAGGUCCCAGGCCACUUCACCCCAGUUUUGGCUCCCUCCCCACACCACGGCGCUGUGCGACCUGUCUCGCUUUCCAUGCCAGACACCAAGCCCAUCACCACAUCAACAGAAGGUUACUCAUCGCCUGGCACGCCAACGGCUAAUCGUUUUGUGGGCCUAAACCCUAGAGAUCCCACCUUCCUCCACCAGCAACAGCUGAGGAAGUGUGACUGGAGCGUGACUCAAAACGGCAGGCAUUAUGGCCCCAGUGCCACUGACGACACUUUGGGGAUUACUUGGCAAAGUCCUGGUACCUGGGCGAGCUUAGUUCCAUUCCAAGUGUCGAACGGGACUCCGAUUCUGCCAACAAAUGUCCACCAGAACUACAGCAUAAACAUCAUUGGUGAGCCCCUGGUCCCCGCCGAGACAGGGAACUGAUCACACAGAGGCCGGAUGACCCCCAGGGUGGAUGGAUGGGUGGGGGUGUUGGUAGUGCGGAGCUAGCACUACAGGUGUCCACAGCCAUGGAUGAAACCAGCAAAGCAGCAAGCGCUGCAUAACCCUCUCUACUAUCCCCCCCCCCAACCCUCAUCCCAGCCCCUCCUUGUUCCCUCCCCACUCCCGUCCCUCCCGAUGAUGGACACUGGCCCUGAAGUGAAGAUGAGGGUUCGUUCAGAGGAAAGAAAAAAAAAAACCAAGAAGCUUCAGGUCUGCUGUCUCCUCACCCCGGCCCACACACACACAAACACGCAAACACACACACCUACCACCCACCAGUCAGUUGUUGUGUGUUGCAGAACUUUGCAAUCCAUUCAGAUACUGUGAUGUAUAGAUGCCUUAAUGUUUUAUUGCAUGACACUCUAGUCUCUUAGCGGCGAUUCCUAUUAUUUUUCCAUGUUGGAGGAAGAUGUAAAAUCUAGAUUUACAAACACACACACACGCAUAAGUGAGGGGGUCUGCAUAUUUGACAACCUCUGCCUGGUGGAUGGCUCAGAGACUCUAAGCUCUCCAACUGAGACCUCUUGAGAAGAGGCUUUCCCGCAUCAAACGAUUCACUGUGUGCACCAUAGGAACAAAACUUGUGAAUUCAGAGUGUUUCUUCUUCCAUUGAUUUCAGUUUACUGUGAUACGACUCUUUGUUCAGAAAAAUGUGUUGACUUUGUUUAUUCUUUACUGCUACUUACUUCAUGAAUUAAUGUAAACACUUAGGCCCCUUUCAGACAUGGCUUGACGGGUUUGUCAAAGCGAUUAAGACACCGGUAACUCUUACGUGAACGCUCCUCACGGCAGCGCCGCAGACAGCCUCGGUAUGUGCAAAAAGCUUGCUGCAUUUGUGGCCGCAAGAUGUGCCCGGCGAUAUUUAGUUCUCUUCGCCGCCACAGACCCUGUUCACAGGAGACAUUUCCACAUGACAGGAUGAUGGCUCAGUUUUCAUUAAGUGUCCCAGUAAGUCAUGGCAAGCUGGGCAGUGAGCAAGCAAACGCAACAGCAGGACUUCCCCGACCUUUUUACUUCUUUUUUUUAAAUUGGUCUGAGCCAGCAGCAUCUCUGAGAUGGGCACAGGAUGUUCUUCAGUGGCAACGCUGGACGCCAAAAGCAAACCCUCCUGGCUGAAAGGGCAACAAAGUCUGCACAAGUUAGGAUGGGUGUUGGUGGGGUAAACUGCCAUCAUCUGGAGCGUCAUCCAGCAUCCAGACAGAUAGCAGUUCCUGUCCUGUGGGACAUGUUUUGGCUAAAAACCGCACCAGUUCACAGCUUUCCAAUUGAAAAGUGAUGGUUAAGAGGUUACCUAGAGCGUUAAAUGGUGACACCAGUGGGUCCUCACAGAACAUCUGCAUGUUGCACCCUUUCCUGCUUUGACAUGUUAAAAUAUCUGCUGUGAAAACAGUACAGGGUCUGUUUACUGCACGGUGCCGCCGUACCCCACCCUCUUCUGUACGGUAAACUUGUGCGUGCCUGUCCGUCAGUACGACUGAGACCUGCGCCGUGUCGAAAGCUGCCCGUAAAUGUUAAGAUGCUGUCAGAUUAAUGGAGAGGAGUGCAUGUCUGAAAGGGGCUUUAUGGGUAAAGGUUGAGAACUCUAAAUGCAGUUUUCAAAACAACACUAAAUGCUAGGCUUGAGAUUGGACCCCUCACGAAAGAAUUAGCAUCUCCUUUAAAAAAAGGAAUAUAAAAAAAAAAAAAUGCGACAGAGGCAAGUGCAAUUGAAUUUUUGAAGGGAAGCUAUCAGUCUGUCAGCCCUAAGACUCUAAAGGAAGGGGGAUAAAUAUGAAAUGUUUUAUGGGUAAAAUGUUUGAGAAAACAUCUGAAUUUGAUUUCAGUCACGAUAUCCGUCUCCUCGCGUGGAAAAAAGUAAAAAAAAAAAAAAAGUAAAAACAUUAAGUAGGAAAGGCAGUUGAAGGCGAGCAUUAAAGCUACCUGUGCAGCGCUGAGCAAAACCAGCACUUAUUUUGAGCCCUUCCCAUCAUUAUGGGGAGAUUUUUUUUUUAUUUAUUUCAGAAAAAAAGAAAAAUCGUAAGUAAAGAAAACGAGAUGCACAUAGUGUAAAAGAUUUCUUUUUUUUAAUGUUCACGAUGAGAUCAAGAGCAUACGCAUUUGGCCAACAGCUUCUAAAGCUUAUGUUUACGAAAAAAAGAAACUAAGAAGUGUUAAUUCAUGGGAAAAUUUGUAUUAUUCAUGCAAAUGUAGCGUGGGCUUAUGGGUAAAGCUACAGUUUGUGCAAGGUUAACUCUAAAGUGGAAGAGGUUGAAAGCUGAAAUUCCGAAUCCAGGUGGUGGCAAAUCCCCGAAAUCAAGAAUUGCGCGUGGCGUGUUCACGGCCAUUGCCUCUCCAGUCCAGACAUAUUUAUAUACGAGGAAAAAAAAAUCUCUCCAGUACUCUUAAUUUGCACGAUGACAUAUAGUCCACAUUACGUGCCUUGCCUUUGAAUAUAGAGACAUCACUACACUUGUUUUUUGCUGCAUUUAUCAUUAUAGAAAAAAAAUUAACAUUUUUAUGAUAAGAAUUGUUUUGUACUCUGAAUGAAAUUGUUGAUUUUUAACUUCAUGUACUACUCUAUGUCACAGUUACAUUGCAUAUCAAGGCUGUGUAUAGUUGCCGUUUUAAAGUUUGUAAUCAACCAGCAUUUUUUUUGUUUGUUUGUUUGUUUGUUUUCAGUAUUUUGGUGGUUUUUCUAAUAACCUGUCAUCUUUUGUUUUCCUUAUUUUUUUUUUUCAAUGCUCAUUUCGUUCAUCUUCCAGUUACUAUUGCGGAGGGUGGAAUUCAGAAUUAUGAAAAUUAUGCAAUACCAAGUUUUGCCUAUGUAGGUAGUGCUUAUAGAUGCGUCAAUUAUUAGAGGCUAGUUUGGAGAUAGAUAAUAUUGUAAUGCAUUUAUUUUGUUGAUAUCGUUGUUUGUCGUUGUUGUUGUUGAUGUUGUUGUUGUUGUUGUUGUUGUUGUUGUGGGUGGUUUUUUUUUUCCUUUUUUAUCGACCAAAGUGGGGACUGCUUUCUAUGCAGUGUGAGACAAGGUCUUUUUUUUCUCCUUUUUUUCUUUCUUUAGCUUAUAGGCCUACCGAAUGACGGUGAGACAUGUUCCCGUGUAUUAUGAAUUUGCGAGAUUUGGGAGGAGGGGUGGUAUUUUUCUAGAAGUACUUAUCUUAAAAUGAUGCACCCUUGGGCUUGCUGCGGCUGCAAAGUCACUGAUUGGUCUACUGUGACUCUUACUUUCAACUUUCCACCUGGGGUGCUAGCAUGUGACCUUGAAGGAGCUCUUUUUUUCUUCUUCUUCCACUGGAGAGACAGCUUGACUUGAGCGCGACAAUCAUUUGAAGAAAUCAUUUUUGCGUAGAAUCCCGUUCUGUCUCGGCUCCCCGAGAGCCGCAGCCGAUGGCGUCGCGCGCGUUUUUCCGAAUCUUUACGCCGUGCUAUUCUAGAUGUCGCCGAAUGCAAUUCCCAAGUAGAUGCCUUAAACACAUCAGUGAAGUGGCCUGUGACUGCGCAACAAUCACACACCGACUAAUGCUAGUGAGACCUGUUGAAAUCAGUUCCAGACAGGCUCAAGCAAGCCUUUAGAAAGUAUUUUAUAAGUAGUAGAUUUGUAUAAAUGUAUAUACGAUAUGCACAUAUGUCAAUUCCUGAGACGCUUCCCUAGCAGAAGCCCCGUAGAGUAUGUUAAAGGAAAUAUUGGACUGCAGGAGUGUGGUGUCUUCUAACUUCCUGUCCAAAUGCCCCCAGUAGAAGCUUAAAUAGAAUCCACUAGGAGAAAAAAUCUAGCACUUAAAUAGCACAUAGGCAAUCAUCUCCCCCACCCCCCAUCCUCGUCCUACAGUGUUCAGAAGUCAAACUAAACCUCUCAGGCGUAUUACAGGGCAUUAUUUAUAUCAAUCGAUACCUUGCCAUUUUUAUUGUAAAAAAAAAUUUCUCGCAGAAAGCUGCAACGCAGCCAGUGCUGCUAUGACACCUUUUGCACUCUUUCCCUGCAAUCGUGAAAGAAACGUUUUCCUUCGGAGAGUUCCCCCGAGAGCUCUCCGGCGCCAGCAGAGGGCUAAGGAGCAGAAAUCGUUGUUAAAAAGUAAUCCUCAAGUCAAGCUCAAUCUCUCCGUCUUCACCCAGAUUUCUCACGCAGAAAGAAAAUGUUUGAAAAAAACAAAACGAAAAAAGUCACCCCGUUGUAAGUGCACUGCUCUUUUUUUUUUCUUGGUUGCUUUUGUUUCUUUUAAAAGGAAAAAAACUAUAAGUGCUUUGCAGCCUUUGGCCAUUGGAGACCCCACUGAAGUGCAUUGUCCCCAAGUGUGUGUGUGCGUGUGUUUGUGUGCGCAACUUAAAAGUGUGUCAGGGUCACUGUGCUGUUGUGCUGGUGUCUGUUUGAAGAGGAGACUGUACAUAAUGGUAAAUAUCCUGACUGCGUCGAUAGCUGCAGUCUGCGAGGCUGAACUCUGCUUUGGCAGCUUGAGCGUGCGUGCAAGUGCGUACGCGGUUAAAUUUCCGAGCUGGAUGUAUGAUCGAGUGCCUCCGACACUACACAGCGAUAGAAGAUGAGGGUCUUUCUGUCGAGGAAAAGAAAAAGCCUGCCGUAGGACAGGAGUUUGUACACUGUAAACUUUCGGGGGAGUUCUUCUUUGAAGCCCACAUUUGUAAAUGUUCAUUUCUGGGGAAAAUGAGUCAAUUCCAUUUUAGGAAAAAAAAGAAAAAGAAAAAACAAACAAAAAAAUGUUUUUUUAAAUUUGGAUUUGUUUGUUUCAGAGGCUGGAUUUGAGUUAGAACUCUCCAGGUUUCCCUGAUUAGUGUUUUCAUCAGGUGUUCCUGUAUGUAAAGAUAAAAGAGGGGGGGGUCGGGGAGGGAGUGUGUAUUCUGUACUGAUCCAUAAAUAUUAAGAAACAACAACAUUGAAGGCUUUUUUUUAUUCUUAUUAAUAUUAUUUCUGAACUUGGUUAGUGCUUAGAUAUUUCCACUUGGGAAAGACUUCAUGAAUAUUUGAAUUGUUGUUCUUUCAGUAGUGUGGCCAUAGAGCGUGUGAUGUGAUUUAUCUCGGGGGUUGUUUUUUUUUCUUUGGAAAUGGGUGUGAAUUCUUGUCCAACAAGAUUGUGGUGUGAGUGUGUUUCUUGUAGCAGCUGGGAAGUAAACCUGUAAGGCAAAGGCCCCAGUUUGCACCUGACCUUAAGUGAGAAGCAGGGUAAAAUCUGCAGUGACAAACGUCCUUGAUGAAUCUGUCGCAUUGUUUUUUUUUUCCUUUUUCUUCUUGUUCUUUAAAAAAAAAUUCACAAUUGUCGCAACGUGAUUGGUGCUGCAUCUCACCGUAUAUUUGGCAAGUUUGGAGCCGUGCGCAUCGUUCGCAUGCAGGCGAUGCUGUGUUAAGAAUUUCCUAAAAGAAAGCAUCCACUCAUUUUGCACUUUUGUCAUUUCACACGUUGUCAAAUCCUGAUGUACUAUAGGAAACCCUCCAUUCACACUACAAACAAAUACUACAUGCUUUUCAGGUGCUUCAGAUUAGGGUACUGUACCUUCCAGCUGAGCUAGUGUUUUCGGGUUAAAAAAAUCAGUGUUCAAGCCAUCAGCAGCUUCAAGAGCCCCCAUUCAGAGCAAAUACUGAGACUGGAAAGUAUUAUUACACUGAUCGCUGCGAUCGCAGAGAAACAGGACGACUUUAUGCAAGGAGGACCUGUGGCGCUCAUGCAAUAUGUGAGAUUGUUCCUUUUUAACUGAAUGUCACACAUUCUGUAGGGACUGAGAGGCUUGUACACAUGCAGACUUAAGAGAAAACUUCAUUUUCAUCCUACAUGAGCAAUACACAUCUUCCAUACUUUGGCUAGCUGCUAGUCACUUGGCAUCAGGUUGUUAUGAAACAUGAAAAACCAGCAUUUUUACAGGAUGUAACAUUCACCAAAAGGAGACUAAAAGAUAGCAAUGCAGUGCCUGUUCAAGCUGUCCAAGUGUCUGUUGUAUACAAUAUGUAGAAUGUGAUAGGCUUAACUUUCCUACGUGGCGAGAAGAAAACGGUGUCACACCGAGCAGAAUGUGGCAAGCGCAUCUGAAAAUAUGCUCUUUAUCACUUCUUUUGGUGUGUUUUUUGUGAUUUAUUCAUUUUUGAAUUACGUCAGCACACGAUGCCCACGUCGGAUUUGUUUAAAAAAAAAAAAUAAUAAUAAUAAUAGGAAAUUCUUCUUUUUUCUUUUUCUUUUUUUUUCAGGGAGGGAGGGGGGAGUUGGGCGGGAGGGUCAGUGCUACAUUAAGCGCAAUGACGGAAUUUCUUUAGUCACCAUUUUUCUCUGCAGGGCUGAUUUCUUUUUGGGUCUUGUGGCACUUUUACUUCCCUCUGCGCACACAUUUCUAUUUUAGGAAUCACGGUGGAAUCUAUAUAUAUAUAAAUAUAUAAAAGGAACAACAACAACAACACCAACAAAACAAUAUGUAAACAGUCUCCAGUAGUGAUCGUAGUUACACUGCAAGUGUGUGCAAAGGUCUAUGUAUGUAUCUGAAUGUACGUUUUAGAGGACUUUUGGAAAACCUUUUUUUUUUUUUUUUUUUUUUUUGUUCUUUUCAUCUUUUCAUUUACAGUUUAGGAGCCACAGGUGUCCAUUGUGAACUGUAUAGCAAAGGCCUUGAUAUCCCUUCUUUUAUUGAUUUUUAUCAACGCCACCCAAUAGGCGAUGCCUUCAAGCUAGUUACAUUUGGUGCAGGGGCUAAAAUUGCCACAAGAUUAAAAUCAGUGUAAAUAAGGCUCAACUUUUUGUGAUUGUUACUGUUAUAUCCAGCCUAUACUGCUAGCAGCUGUUUUUACUGCAGUCAAUUACUGGAAGUGGAUAUAUUUCCUAUGCAAAACUGUUUAAACAAUAAAAUGAGCUAUGCUACAAAAAUGA